CAAAUCAAAUAACCGAAAGUGAAUACUUUUUUUAAAGGUUAUGUUGUCUUGUAGUAUUUUUCGGCUUUAUGGUUAAUAUAUGAAUAUUUUCAAAUAAAAGUAUAUAUAGUGUGCUUCGUAAUUAUUUUUGUCUCCAGUGUUAGAAAUAUUAUAUCGUCUUUUAAAAAUGGAUGCAGAUCUUUAUGAUGAAUUUGGUAACUAUAUUGGACCCGAAUUGGACAGUGAUGAUGAUGAGGAAGAGGAACAAGAACAGCUUGAUGAUAAUGAACGUGAAGAAUAUGAUGAAGAGCAAAUGGAAGAUGAUCCCCAGCCAAUGGCUAUCGUUCUUCAUGAAGAUAAACAAUAUUAUCCUUCAGCCUUACAAGUUUAUGGUCCUGAUGUGGAAACGAUUGUACAAGAAGAAGAUGCACAGGCUUUAGAUGUACCAUUGGUAGAACCUGUGAAAAAGAAAAAGUUUCAACUGAAAGAGCAGGAUCUUCCGGAGACGGUUUACAGUAUGGAAUUUUUGGCAGAUAUGAUGGAUAACACAUCACUCAUUAGAAAUGUUGCUCUAGUAGGUCAUUUGCACCAUGGAAAAACUUCUUUUGUUGAUUGCUUGAUAAGGCAGACUCAUCCUGGUUACCAAGAUAAUGAGGAAAAGAACUUGAGAUAUACGGACAUUCUUUUCACUGAACAAGAAAGGGGAUGUUCCAUCAAAUCAAUUCCGGUUACUCUGCUACUGCAAGAUAUCAAGAACAAGAGUUAUCUCAUGAAUAUUUUCGAUACGCCAGGUCACGUAAAUUUCUCUGACGAGGUUACUGCUGCUAUGAGAUUAUGUGAUGGUAUUGUACUUUUCGUUGAUGCAGCUGAAGGAGUCAUGUUGAAUACGGAACGUCUUCUGAAGCACGCUGUGCAAGAACAGAUGCAAAUAACCAUAUGCAUCAAUAAAAUAGAUAGACUUAUUUUGGAACUCAAGCUACCUCCUCAAGAUGCGUACUAUAAAUUGAGGCACAUUGUUGAAGAAAUAAACGGUCUCCUCACGUUAUACUCAGAUGAUGCUAAUCCUCACAUAGUGUCACCAGUACUGGGAAAUGUUUGCUUCGCUAGUUCACAAUAUGGUGUUUGCUUCACCCUCAAGUCAUUUGCAAACAUUUACAAUUUAUACAAUGGGGAAGUCAACGUGGAGGAGUUUUCCAAACGUCUCUGGGGAGAUAUUUAUUUCAAUAAUAAAACCCGAAAAUUUACAAAGAAAGCUCCCCACAACUCGGCUCAAAGAAGUUUCGUAGAGUUCAUAUUGGAACCUCUAUAUAAAAUAUUUGCCCAAGUAAUAGGUGAUGUAGAUGGUUCUCUACUAGAUGUCUUGGAUGAACUCGGAAUUAAAAUGACUAAAAACGAAAUGAAACUCAACAUAAGACCGUUGCUGAGACUGGUUUGUGGAAAAUUUUUGGGCGACUUCAAUGGCUUCGUCAAUAUGUGUGUCGAGCAUAUAAAUUCUCCUCUGGAUAACGCCAAGAAAAAAGUUAAUCACAUCUAUACUGGUCCUAACACAAGUAAGGUAUAUGAUGACAUGGUGAACUGCGAUCAGGAGGGAUUGCUGAUGGUGCACAGUUCAAAGAUGUAUCCGACUGAAGAUUGCACUUUUUUCCAAGUACUUGGAAGGGUGAUGAGUGGAACUUUACAUGCUGGUACAGAUGUGAGAAUCUUGGGAGAAAAUUAUACUCUGCAAGAUGAAGAAGAUUCCAGGAUACUCACAAUUGGAAGGUUGUGGAUUUACGAGUCCAGAUAUAAAGUUGAACUCAACAGAGUACCUGCUGGAAAUUGGGUUCUGAUAGAAGGUAUUGACCAAUCUAUAGUAAAAACUGCUACAAUCACUGACUUAACAAUUUAUGACGAACUUUAUAUAUUCCGACCUCUGAAAUUCAACACGCAAAGUAUAAUCAAAAUAGCAGUAGAACCCGUCAACCCAUCGGAACUUCCAAAGAUGUUGGACGGUUUGCGUAAAGUCAAUAAAUCUUAUCCGUUGCUAACCACAAGAGUUGAGGAAAGCGGAGAACAUGUGGUUCUAGGAACUGGUGAAUUGUAUUUGGAUUGUGUGAUGCAUGACCUCAGAAAAAUGUAUUCCGAGAUUGACAUAAAAGUUGCUGAUCCAGUAGUGGCUUUUUGCGAGACAGUCGUUGAAACAUCCAGUUUGAAGUGUUUUGCAGAAACUCCAAACAAAAGGAAUAAACUGACAAUGAUUGCUGAGCCUUUGGAGAAGGGUUUGGCUGAAGAUAUCGAAAACGAAAACGUUCAAAUAGGAUGGAACAAAAAAAAACUGGGAGAGUUUUUCCAAACGAAAUACGAUUGGGAUCUGCUGGCUGCUAGAAGUAUUAUGGCAUUCGGGCCUGAUAAUACAGGGCCCAAUAUUCUGGUAGAUGAUACAUUGCCUUCGGAAGUAGACAAAGGUCUGCUUAGUUCUGUGAAAGACUCAAUCGUCCAAGGUUUUCAAUGGGGGACAAGGGAAGGACCACUUUGCGAAGAACCUAUUAGAAACACCAAGUUUAAAAUUCUUGACGCUGUGAUAGCUGGUGAACCAUUACAUCGAGGUGGGGGCCAAAUUAUACCGACUGCCAGAAGAGUUGUGUACUCUGCGUUUUUGAUGGCAACUCCCAGGCUGAUGGAGCCAUAUUUGUUCGUAGAGGUCCAGGCGCCUGCUGAUUGUGUAUCGGCUGUGUAUACUGUUUUGGCAAAAAGGAGGGGGCAUGUCACCCAAGAUGCUCCUGUACCAGGGUCACCUUUAUAUACCAUAAAGGCAUUCAUUCCGGCAAUCGACAGUUUCGGAUUCGAAACUGAUUUAAGAACACACACUCAAGGUCAAGCCUUCUGCCUAUCUGUGUUCCAUCACUGGCAGAUCGUUCCUGGGGAUCCCUUGGACAAAACUAUUGUAAUCAGGCCUUUGGAACCCCAACCUGCCACUCACUUGGCUAGAGAAUUUAUGAUAAAAACUAGGAGGAGGAAAGGGCUGAGCCAGGAUGUAUCUAUUAAUAAAUUUUUCGACGACCCUAUGUUGUUGGAAUUAGCAAGACAGGAUGUUAUGCCAAACUACCCUCUUUUGUAGAUAAAAUUACAAUGAGUAUUUUUAAAUAAAAUAUUGAACUACA